AUGGAGACUAAUCACUCUGCACAGCUCUCAGGAGAGCCACAGGCAACACUUCCAGGGGACAGUUCAUCGUUACUUAGUCAGAAUGGCCUGGAGAAGCAAGAUAAUCAGGAUUCCUCAGUCCCACUCCAAGCACCAUCGAAAGAGGCAGAUGUGCAGCCUGAAACAGGAACUCGUGACAUCUCUGACGAGUUGAAUAGGCAACUGGAAGACAUCAUUAACACAUACGGGUCUGCUGUCGGCACAGCAGGGAACGAGAACCCCCCUACAGCCAAGGAGCAACCUGAGAACACAGAACCAGCUGACAACGAGGACAGAGACUGUGAGGAGGCCAUUGAAGAAACUGAAAGAGAACCUGUGGCUUCUGGAGAGCCACCCACAGCCAAAGAGCCUGUCAGCAAUAAAGAGCAAAAAUUGGAAAAGAAAAUCCUGAAAGGAUUAGGUAAAGAAGCUAACCUGCUAAUGCAAAACCUGAACAAGUUGCAGACUCCUGAAGAAAAGCUUGAUUUUUUAUUUAAGAAGUAUGCCGAGUUGCUAGAUGAACAUCGCACUGAGCAAAAGACUUUCAAGCUCCUACAAAAGAAACAGGUACAAAUCCAAAAAGAAAAGGACCAGUUACAAAGUGAACACAGCAGAGCUAUCCUCGCUCGAAGCAAACUGGAGAGUCUGUGCCGGGAGCUGCAGAGACACAACAAGACACUGAAGGAGGAAACCCUUCAGAGGGCACGUGAAGAAGAAGAGAAAAGAAAGGAGAUCACAAGUCAUUUCCAGAGUACCCUGACAGAUAUCCAAGCCCAGAUUGAGCAGCAGAGUGAGCGAAAUAUGAAGCUGUGUCAGGAGAACACAGAACUCGCAGAGAAACUGAAAAGCAUCAUUGAUCAGUAUGAGCUCAGAGAGGAGCAUCUGGACAAAAUCUUUAAACACAGAGAACUGCAGCAGAAGCUGGUGGAUGCAAAACUUGAGCAGGCGCAAGAAAUGAUGAAAGAAGCAGAGGAACGACACAAACGUGAAAAGGAAUAUUUGCUGAACCAGGCAGCAGAGUGGAAACUUCAGGCCAAAGUACUGAAGGAACAAGAGACGGUCCUGCAGGCUCAGCUCACUCUCUACUCUGGAAGGUUUGAAGAGUUCCAGAGCACACUGACAAAAAGCAAUGAGGUGUUUGCCACUUUCAAACAGGAAAUGGAUAAAAAAGCAUUGAGAGCUAAAGAAUAUGAAUGCUUCGUGAUGAAAAUUGGGAGACUAGAGAAUCUCUGUCGAGCUUUACAAGAAGAGAGAAAUGAACUCUACAAAAAAAUUAGGGAAGCGAAAAUGUCUGAAAAGGAUGGCCAAGGUCAGAACACCUCCGACGAAGAGCCAGAGUCAACUGUCUCUGUGGGUGAAGAGACUAACACAGAGGAUGCCAACAGCAUUCACGACGCUGUAAAAAGUCUGGCCACAGCGUUUAUGGUAAUUCAUCACCAAGAAUCGCCCCUACACCAGUCUAUAGAAUUCCAACCAGAAGUCAGCAGUCCUGGAGCGGGCAGUGAUACGGCCCUCAAGGAGCGGAAACAAUUGCCUCUGAUCCCUUCAUGCCAUUCAGAGGGUCCCCUGCCUACCCUAGCUCCUCAGGCUGAGGUUCAAGGAGGCAGUGAGGCGGAACCUCCCCCCAAGGGCAGUAAUCGCCCUGUGAGGUCGGGAGCAGAGCCCGAAGACCAGGGUCUCCCUGCUGGAGCACAGGCUGAUCAGCAGCGCCAGAAGCCAGAGGCAGAAGGUUCCAGUCAGGUGCCACAGGUCCCAGUCGAGACCUCCCUACCGGCUGUGGAGGUAAAUGGUCCUACUUCACUACCCCCCUCAGGUGAGCAAGUUCCAGCUGGGGUGCCUGGAUGUGAGCCCAAUAUGCAGCCUCCACCUCCGGCCGCAGCACAGGACACCAGUCUGGAGCCAGCAGACUAA